AUUUUCAUGAUCGCUUUCAUUUCAUUUCGUUACAAAUUCCAUUUCUCUCUUCCAUUUGGCUUCAUUUUUUAUUUUAAAGUUUUUUUGAGGGUUGUAGGCUCAUGCGCAUGCGUCCAUUUCCAAUAAUGCGCAAAACCGAUGUCUAUUAUGGCUAAACACGCUAUAUUGAUCCAGGAGUUAUGAAUAUCUAUUUUGCAGUUUGUUAUGAUAACGGUAGGCCUAUCAUGUCUAAUUCAUCGAAGGAGGCACAAUCGGAUUGAACGCUUACUUCUUCAGUGAUGGACGCUCUGGUUCGUAUUAGUAACAAGAAAGGACAGGACGGAGUUGACAUUGGUGAAUGACAGCGAGACAGGAUCUCUAACCAUGUCCUGCUGUCUAACAUGAAGAGCAUGGAGCGGGAGCUGCAUUGCCCGGUGUGUAAGGAGAUCGUCAAGCAGCCCGUGGUCCUGCCAUGUCAGCACAGCGUCUGUCUGAUGUGUGCCUCCGAGGUCCUGGUUCAAAAUGGCUACCCUCCUCCGGAGUUGCCACCCGAGCCCAACUCUCCUGCCUCCACCCCCAACACCCGCUCUCCCCACCAGGCACGCAGGCCCAUGCCCAGCAAGGCCGACCAUCGACCCAUUGACCGGGUGCUACGUUCAGGAUUUGGGACCUAUCUGUCGCCGGGGCGACGUCGUAAGGAACCACCCCAUGCAAUGUUAUUUCCAUGCCCGCCCUGUGGGAGGGAGGUAGAGCUGGGAGAGAAGGGCCUGACUGACUGCCUACGUAACCUCACCUUGGAGCGCAUUGUAGAGAGGUACAGACACACAGUGAGCCUGGGCAGUGUGGCUGUAAUGUGUCAGUUCUGCAAGCCUCCCCAGUCCCUGGAGGCCACUAAGGGCUGCGCCGACUGCCGAGCCAGCUUCUGUAACGAGUGUUUCAAGCUCUACCACCCCUGGGGGACACCGCGCGCCCAGCACGAACACGUCCAGCCCACCCUCAACUUUAGGCCCAAGGUUCUGUCGUGUCCUGAGCAUGACCAGGAGCGUCUGCACUUCUACUGUAGGACGUGCCAGCGGUUGCUGUGCCCGCUCUGCAAGCUGCGCCGUGUACACGCCGGGCACAAAGUGGCGCCAGUCGCCCAGGCCUACCAGACUCUCAAGGACAAGAUUACCAAGGAGAUGAACUACGUUCUGGCCAACCAGGAGACGGUGCUGGGCCAGAUCACACAGCUGGAGAGUGCCAUCACUCAGACAGAGGCGAACAGCGUAGCGGCACGGGAGCAGCUGUCUCAGAGCGUGAGGGACCUGACUGCCCUCCUCGCCGAGCGCCACGCCUCAUUGACCGAAGCCCUGGAGAGGGCGAGGCAGAAGCGGGGCGAGGCGUUGGCGGGCCAGGUGGCGGAGAGGCGGAGCCUGCUGGAGCAUGCAGGCCUCAUGGCGUUCUCCCAGGAGCUGCUGAAGGAGACGGACCCGCCCUGCUUCGUCCAGGCAGCGCGCCAGACACACAGCAGGUUAUCCACGUCCAUCGAGGGGCUGCAGUGUUUCUCUCUGGCCGCUGAUCCCUCCUUCAGACACUUCCAGCUGGACGUCUCCAAAGAGCUCAAACUCCUCACAGACCUGCAGUUCAUCCAGGCCCCUCUGGCCCCUGUCAUUGACACCCAAAAGACCCUGGCCUAUGACCAGCUUUUUCUGUGUUGGCGGCUGCCUCAGGAAUCCGCUCCCGCCUGGCACUUCUCUGUGGAGUUCCGUCGCCGUGGGGUGGUGCCAGGAGGCGGGGCCAGAGGUGGUAUCCAAGGACGAUUGGCUGCGGCCCGCUGGGGCUGGCAGCGGCUGGAGGAAGUGGGCGGGACCAGUGCUGUGAUUGACAGGUUGGAGAUGGACAGUGUGUAUGUGUUGAGGGUGAGAGGCUGCAACAAGGCCGGCUUCGGGGAGUACAGUGAGGAGGUGUACCUACACACCCCGCCAGCACCAGUGUUAAAUUUUUACCUGGACUCUCGCUGGGGCCUCCAUGCCGACCGGCUGGUGGUGAGUAAGGAGCAGCGCUGCGCCCGGAGCGUCCCCGGUCUGUCCCUGCUGCAGGCCGCCGACCUAGCGCUCACUUCCUGUCACCUGACCUCAGACCUGCUGGUGGGCGACGUGGCCAUCACCCAGGGCAGGCACUACUGGGCAUGCUCAGUGGAGCCCGGCUCCUAUCUGGUCAAGGUGGGGGUGGGCCUAGAGGCAAAACUACAGGAGUGGUUUCAUCUUCCCCAAGACAUGGCCAGUCCCCGCUAUGACCCAGACAGUGGUCAUGACAGUGGGGCGGAGGAUUCCCUGGACUCCCCUCCCCCCUUCUCCUUCCUCACCAUGGGGAUGGGCAAGAUCUUCCUGCCCCACGGUCCCAACCAUCAUAACAACCACGGUUGCCCCGCCAACGGCACAAGCCCUCGCCGCAGCCCCACCAUCUCCAACGGAAACAUCCCCGCCUCCUCGCCUACGGGCCUCACCUACCCCCUGCCUCCCAGGCUCGGGGUGUGCCUUGACUUCGAGAAGGGUCGCGUCACUUUCUACGAUGCCCACUCGCUCCGUCCAUUGUGGGAAGGGCCUGUCGAUUGCUCCGGCCCCGUUUGCCCGGCUUUCUGUUUUAUUGGCGGAGGGGCGCUGCAGUUACAGGAGCUGGUGGCCAAUCGGAUGGCAGACCAGACUCCAGUCAGGAGGGUCACCAUCCAAUCACGUGUCACUAAUCUGAAUAACUAGGCCAGAUUCAAUCCAAAACCACGGUGAAAGCGCGCUUGACAUUUAAAGGUAAUUUCCAAUUGUGACAACAUCUGCAACAUUUACCUUGAAUGCGAUCUCCGCAAAUGCGGUAACAUUGCCUUUAAAACGCGCAUCAAUCAUCUGAGGUGAUUGAUUGGACAUAGAAUGUAAAGUUAAUUGUAAGCUAUUUACUUGGCCGAAGCAAAAAGUUAGUAACCUCAGAGAUUGUGUUGUUUUGUAUUUCAUUUGUAUGAGAAAACUAGUUUUUAUUGCAACCAAUAUGCAAAUGUGUUUAACUUUACUACAUUAUUUUUUGGUUUGUCAGAAAUACUAAAUCGCUUAAGUAGGGGCUGUCAAAUUACACACACAGCAAUUAUGUAAUGUCUCAUAUCUUUGACACUUGCGCUAUUAACCACACUAUACUGUAUAUAUUUACAGUAUAUAUGUUUAUAUAUAUGCAAGAACAUAUAUAUUUUAGAAACACUCUUUCUCAGUCAUGUUAUGUCUGGGUGUUCAUCUAUGUCAGGGGUAUUCAAAUCUUACCCUACAAGGUCCGGACUACUGCUGGUUUCCGUUCUACCUGAUAAUUAAUUGGACCUACCUGGUGUACCUGGUGGAACUGGCUUUGAGGUCCAGAUUUGAAUUUGAGGGAUCUAUGUUUUUUGAUACUUCAUGUAACAGGUUCCCCUUCACUGUGUACUGACACUAUUUACACAUCUACGUCUGUGUAUCUCCAAUGGAAAAAAGUCCUGACUGUUAGUGAAAUCUUCCCACUCACUCCAUCACAACCCCAACCAAAGUGAUUUUUCUGGACUAAAUACUGUUGUAAUUGAGUAGACAGUAGAUUUAGUUAGGAGGAUAACAUGAACAUGAGGCAAUACUGUAAUUAGGAACUGAAUGAUACUGCUUCGGCUUCAGCCACCUUUAUCACUUGCUUCUUGAUUAAUACGUUUGUGCAUUGAUUGUUUUUCCAAAGUUUAACUUCUGCAGUGUGUGCGUGUGUGCGUGCGUGCGUGCGUGUGUGUGUGUAGGAGAAGGAGCGAGAAUGCAGUAAUGAACUUGUCUGAUAAUCAUGGCAAAUGAUAAUUUAGGUUUAAGGAAUAUUUGGGAUUAUUUCAAAGUGGGCUUGAUUGUAAAUUAAUGAGCAGUGCUUCUUAUGAAUGAUAAGCUUUCUAGAAAUGUAGGUUGUAUCCGAAAUGGCACCCUAUUCCCUAUAUCGUGCACUACUUUCGAUCAACUUGAUUCUUGGUCAAAAGUGGGAUGCAGACGAAAUGUAGAUUUCUCCUGCUGGCAGAAUGUUUGUAAAAAUAAAAAUAAAAAACAUAGACCAACAAUUAACGCUAAAUAAACACAAAUUCUGAAAAUAAGAAAAACCUGUCCUCC